UAACAGGACAGGAAACCUCUGCCAGCACCAUGAGUUGCAUGCUUUUUCUUCUUGGACAGAAUCCAGGAUGUUACAAAAGGUUACAAAUAGAGAUUGAUGAAAAUGUUGGCGCAGUGUCAGUGAUCACCCUGAAUGAGCUUGAGAAGUUACCCUACCUAGAUAUGGUGUUGAAGGAAACACUGAGGCUUUACCCUGUGGCUAAGGCAACCUUUCGCGAGACAGCCAGUGACUACAAUCUCGGCGGUCACCUCAUCCCCGGUGGUACUGACAUGUUUGUUAGUUUCUACGCGACCUCCAGGUCGGAGCAAAAUGUGAGAAACCCCACAGAGUUUUUGCCAGAACGAUUUCACAGCGACAGCUCAGAGAGCUUCAGUAAAUAUGCCUCCACACCAUUCUCAGCCGGACCCCACACGUGUAUUGGGAGAAAAUUUGCAGAGAUAGAGAUGAAAAUCAUGAUUGCCAAGAUCAUACAAAAUUUCGACUUUGAACUGAUUCCCGGCCAAACCUGUGAACUAACUGACUCU